CUUGGAUACAUUAAUAAAAAAAAAUGAGGCAGAGUUCGAAAUGUAACACACAGCAACAAUGCUAAUUUGGUAAAGAGAAUUUUGAGCCAAUAAGAAAGUGCCAUCAAUUAAAAUAAAAGGCUAGUUUCUUUAUUGGUUAGAAAUUCAAUCAGCAAAGUUCCUGUUUGCCACGUCAAUUUUUCAGCUAACGCAGGGGAAAUUUAACUCAGACAUAGAUAUAUAUUGCGAAAGGGUGCCAAGGCAGGUUAUUCAUCUCUUUUUCUUCUUCACAUCUAUUUUAAAAAAGUCAUUUCCAAUGAAGAUUCCUACCAUCGCUGCUAUUUUUGGUCUUGCCGCCGUCGUUUCUGCUGAAGUUUUCCUUUACGAAACCUUCUCUGAUGGUGAAGGAUGGACUGAACGUUGGACUCCUUCUGCUCAUCGUGAAGAUCUUGGUAAGCUUGAGGUUUCUCCUGGUAAGUGGUUUUCCGAUGAGGCUUCUAAGGCUGGUCUCAGAACCAGUGAAGAUUAUCGUUUCUACGCUACCUCAACCAAAAUCAAACCUUUCAACAACAAGGAUAAGGAUCUUGUUAUCCAAUUCGAUGUCAAGAAUGAACAAGAUAUCGAUUGUGGUGGAAGUUAUUUGAAGAUCUUUGAUAGUAAUUUGGAUCCCAAGGCGUUCAAUGGUGAUAGUCAAUACAACAUCAUGUUUGGUCCUGAUAUUUGUGGCCCUAAAGCUAUGGUUCAUGCUAUUUUCCAUUACAACGGUACCAAUUUUGACUUGAAGAAGUCUGUCCUUGCCCCUAAGGACACCUUGACCCACACAUAUACUCUCACUGUUAAGCCCGAUCAAACCUACGAAAUCUUGGUGGAUGGUAAGAGUCAAGCUUCUGGUUCUCUUCUUGAAGAUUGGGAUUUCUUGCCUCCCAAGACCAUUGCUGAUCCUAAUGCAUCUAAGCCUGCUGAUUGGGUUGAGGAAGCCAUGAUUGACGAUGUGGAUGAUGUAAAGCCCGCUGGUUAUGACGAUAUUCCUGAGUUUAUUCCUGACCCAUCUGCAAAGAAGCCUGAAGAUUGGGAUGAUGAUAUGGAUGGUGAAUGGGAAUCUCCUUCCAUUCCCAACCCUGAGUUCUUAGGUACCUGGGCCCCCAAGAAGAUUGCUAACCCUCUUUAUAAGGGUGAAUGGGAACACCCCACUAUUGAUAACCCUGAAUACAAGGUUGAUAACGAAAUUUAUGCUUAUGACUUUGGUAAUGUUGGUAUUGAUGUCUGGCAAGUCAAGUCUGGUACUAUCUUUGACAACAUUCUUAUCACUGAUGACAUCGAAGAAGCUCAAAAGAUCCGCGACGAGACUAAAGCCUCUCGCUCUGAAGAAGAAGCUGCUUUAGCUGCCCAUACCGAAAAGCUCGCCGCCGAAGCCAAGGAAAAAGCUGAAGCUGAAAACGUUGCUAUUCCUGAAGAAGAGGAAGACAGUCUUGAUCUUGAGUCUUUCGAUGCCCCUGUUGUUGAGGAGGUUGUUCCUGUUCCUGCUGCUGAGGCUGUUGAAAAGGCCAUCAAAGAUGAAGCCAUCAAGGAAGCUAUCAAAGAAGAGGUUAAGGCUGAAGCUGAAGAUUCCAAGAAGCCUGUCAAGGAUGAGUUAUAAACAACACAUCUUUCUAUAUUAAUCAUUCGUCUACCUCUACUCUCCUCCAUAUUGUAAUUCAUCGUUUUUUUUUAUUAUUCCAAACUUUUUAACCCCUAAAAAAAGAAAAAAAAAGUUUUACAAAUUCUCAUUAUUCAUACUGUAAUUAAAAUAAAUAAAUGCUCAUUUUUUUUAAAAAAA